AGGCUCUUAGCAGCUCCGGUUUGCAUCAUCAGAAGUGAGGUGAUCCUGCUGGAGUCGGCGGGUCCCGCGGAUCAUGUACGGCGACGUGUUCAACGCCACCAGCGGGCCGGAGGCGGCGGGAAGUGGCGCGCUGGUCCCCGGAGCCACGGUCAAGGCAGAGGGCGCUUUGCCGCUGGAGCUGGCCACCGCGCGUGGAGUGCGGGACGGCUCGGCCACCAAGCCCGACCUGCCCACCUACCUGCUGCUCUUCUUUCUCCUGCUGCUGUCCGUGGCUCUCGUCGUCCUCUUUAUCGGCUGCCAGCUGCGCCACUCGGCCUUUGCUGCGCUGCCCCACGAUCGCUCGCUGCGCGACGCCCGUGCGCCCUGGAAGACGCGACCGGUAUAGGGCAGAAGGAAUUAGGGCCGCGGGGAGCUUGGUCUUGGCCUUGCGGGAAACCUCCAGCAGAAGCAGAGUAGGGUGGGCCCUGGAGUCGCCCAAAGACCCUUUCGGAUCUGGAGAAUAAGGGGUGUUAGCAGGUUGCAUGGGGUCCUGGUCCCAGUGCCUAAAAGUACUCCCUAGGCCAGUCUCCCCUCCACCCCCUCCCUACAGCCGGUCCUGUCAGGAAACAACCCGGAAGGACCCACCCAGGCAUAGGAGACUUGCUUGCCUGGUGAGUUCCUGACUUUGCUCGCAGAGGGGCAGCAGGCACCGUGAGCGCAAGACUAAUCAGGAGCUGACUGUCCGGUCUGGACUCCCAAGCCUGAUGGCUGUCCUCUGCAGCUGCUAACGCCUUUCUCGCUCCAUGACACUGGGGAUCUGAUAGAGAAAGGUUUCAGUGUAUCCCACUUGGGUCCCAGUACCCAGUUUCCCCUGAGAGCAGCGGCUAAGGGACCGGUGGAGGGAUAAGUGAUUACAGCUGCCGCGGGGUGCUGCAACGGAGAGUCUGCACCUCAGGCCAUCAUGGAGCACAUUUCUACAAUAAAAGCUCACCAAAUUAGAUCCAGCA